UCAGCUGCACCCAGCUGCAAAUAGACUCGCUAUCAUUUUCGCCUUCUUAGCCCCUUCCCUGCCUUCAAAUAACUCCUCUCACUCUCUCCUCACUCUCUCUACCCUAUUCACUCGGUCGACCACCCGCUUUCGGCUUGUGAUUCGCGCCACUUAAACAACCCUGGCACGUCUACAUCGGCAUAGGCCGAUUUGACUGGCUCCUCACUCACCAAGCACACACUCGGUGUCAUCCCUUGACUGACCGGCUCUAUUACUUGUCACCCACGCUGCCCUCGCCCCCAACAAAACAUACAUCCCACAUGGCGAUCCAAUAUCCCCGCGUCACCGCUUCGUCGGACAAUGCUGAACAUCACCGCUGUGCCCGCUGACAACUUCGGAGCUGUCUGCGUCUCUGUGUCCGUCCCGCCUCGCUGCUGAGAGUCGUGGCAUCCUAAAAGGAUGCUGGGGAAGCUCUUUAACCUCGGGACCGGCGCCGGGGCUGGGGCCUCGGCCACGGCGCAACCCUCCCAGAAGCCAGUCUCAUCUUUGGAAUCUGUCCAGGAAGACAUCCACACUCGGAACUUGCUAUUCCCCGAUGCCCAGGCCCUCUAUCAGCACAGACAUGACCAAGUGUAUCCUCUUUCAAGCGCCUCGCCUCUUCCGCCCCUUUCCUCCACCGCCUUUGACUAUACCGGCGAUCUGGAGCUCGAGGCGCGCGAUGUCCGCGUGAUCAUCAUGCAAGAUGCCCUCAGCUCUGUCACUGCUUCUCUGCUGUAUGACAGCCAACCUCCUCCCCCCGUUCCAGCGUCCUCGGGCGACCGCCCUUUCACAAUGGCGGGGACAUCACACUUCACUUUCCAGGAACCCCGUCGGACCCCGACGUCGCCGCGCAAGCCGAGCCUCACUCAAGGGCAGCGGCCCGUGGUCGUGCAACCGGGCAGCCCACAGCUGCGGCAAGGCGCUUUUGACCGGAGGCCUUCUGUCCACAGUCGCAACCAGUCACUCAUCGAAAACGAGUCCCAGCGGGCCUGGAGGGAGUACCGGGAGGAACUGACGACCUUUUCCAGCUGCAUCUUCGGCAACUCGGAGCUCAUGGCUUACAAGGGCACCUCGACCAAGGUCCAUGUUGUGCCGUCGGAACAGCGGCCCAGCGAGUCUUCGGCCUCCAUCAUUCGUGACGGCAGGGGUUCUGUUGGUCGGUCCAAUUUGAGAUCAAGUCGGCUGUCCCAAUCCUUCUCCUCCGAACACGUACCGCCGUUCAACGCGCCACCUACGCCAAGCUCAGCGCCGCGUCUUCAGGAGCGGAAGAAAGUCCUCAUAACGAGGUUGUUUCCAGUAAACCUGCCGACGGAUGAAGACGCCGCCAGUACCCCACAGAACCGGUUUUCGGACGACAACGCUGGCUACCUCUUCCCCAUGACUGGGGAAGAUAGCAAGACCAAGAAGAAGAAGGCUCAGCCAAAGCAGAAGAGGACGCCAAUGUAUGCGGUCGCCCUGAUCAUCAACCUUCCCCGGUGUUCCGCUCCGAUAGCUUCUGCGACCGUGCCGAGAUCGGGGUUCCGGGGGCCCGGCUCCUACACGGAACAAGACUCGUUCCCCUCCUCGUUCAACUCUGCCCGGCGCUCCGGCUGGUCAAUGGCCGGCCAGGCCGGAGGAUUUGGCUUUGAUUCCUUCGAUUCGACAUUCAGCACCGACAUGGAGGACCGCAUGGAUGCCAUCACUCAGCAUUGGGACAUCAUCAUGCGGACACUGACUCAUCUACAGUCCGUCCUUGCGAUUACUCUUUUCACCAUGCUCAGACAUAUCGAUCUGGCAUCCGCCGACCCUUUCCCAUCCCCCGUCGCCCAGCCAACGAACCAGCUUUCUCGCACAACUUCCCUAUCGGGCACGAAAAGUGAGGAUGGAACCUCGGUCAAGCUUCCCAAGACGAACGCGAAGCAUCUUAAUUUGCUCCCGAACUGCCUGAUGGAGAACCGAUGUAUUGGCGCCGAGGUCGAUCUUGCCAGAACGCGAAUUGUCGCUGGACUUCGAGCAACCCGAGCCGUCACGGGUCAAAAUCGAUGGGGGAUCUGGCGCGAGGAGGCUCGGUGGAUUGCAAAGUGGGCUGGCGGAAGAGAGCAGGGUUUCUUCUUCUUCAAUAUUCUGACGGGAUUCCUUGCUACCCAUACCGAUUGGCUCCAGGCUCUGGCUCCGCCAUCGUAUCGCAGGCGGCACUUCCUCCAGCAAAAGGCAAGGGCAGAUGAGGAUGCGUCCUUACCGGCGCGAACCGUGAUUGUGGCUCGCGACAAGAUGGCCGCCAGGCGACUUGUCUUCCUGCUGUCGGCUUUCCUGCCAGCGAACCAACAUGUCCCGAAUGUGCGGGCACAUCGGCCAAGCACGGCUGCCUCGUUCGGUACUUUGUCACAGUCUCCGCCUUCCUAUGUGGUGCCCAUUCUUAAGGAGGAGUCGCUUCGGCGGAAGAUCAACCGCCGCACAGGGCCACGGCGGGUAUCUCACUCCCGCAACGUCAGUCUGCAGGGCCAGGCUCGGGCAGGAGGUGUCCCACCAACCCUGGCACACCUCAGUAUGGAAGGGCGCCACGAGAGGAGAUCGUCCGAUGCGUCGUCCAUCAGGACAACUAAUUUGCCCAUCCCGGGCAGCGACCCUGCCAACAGGAAGAGCAGCGCCUUCGCGGCUGCGGCAAUCACGGCGGAGACGAGCAUACCGCACUUCUCGACCGCUCACCGGUCCGAAGCCUUCCGCCACCGUCGCCCAGGGAGCAGCGGCAGCAUGGCUACAGAUGAUCUCAAGCGCCUGGCGAGAGACGAUAGCGCAGGGCAGGACAGUCUAGCUAGCAGCGACUCGAGGCAAAGCUCGCGAUGGGGCAGCGUGAUCAGCGGCCUGUGGAGCGCGAGGCGCCGCGAGUCCGGAAGCACCGCCAUGGACGCACGAAGCACGCCCGGGGCUCGUAGCAAUGAGCCUAGUUCGCCGAUUAAGAAGUCCCCGCCGAGGGCAGAGCCGCCGUCCGGAAUGGUAUCUGAAGCACGGAUGGCCCGAAGCGCCAUUGACGAACAGAUGGGGGACGCUUCUAGUUCUCCCUCAGCAGGGCUGAAGACCCCAUUAACGCCUCGCAAAGUUACCGUGGAUCUUCAAACCACGCUGGAUGAGCCAGUGGCCCCCUCAAAGACAGAGCGGGUUCCCGACCCAUCGGGAGCCUUCGAAUCUCCAGUGAAGACCUCGAUCAACCUCGAUGACGGAAUUAUCGAUGUUGAUGUUCCCUUCCCCGACUAUCUGACAUCCUUCGAGACGGCUGUAAGUUCUCCAUCAAGCAGCGGGUUCCUGUCUACGCCAGGCAUGGGGUCCGUUCUAGAUGCCUUUGAACAGUCGAGCCGUUUGUCGACGGACGGAGAUGAGCCUCUCAACGUGGCUGGUUGGCUUCAGCACUACCAUCCCGACUUUGUGCUCCAGGCGGUCCCCGCUCAGGACGACCUCCUUGAGCAGGUCAAGGCUUCCCUGCGGGCCGAGCCGUCUCCGUUUAUAGUAGUGCAGCCGAUACUAGGUGAUUCAAGUGUGGAGCGAUGGAUGGAUAUCAGCACGGCCAUCAUCGCUGAUACAACUACAUUCACCAUCACCCGCAUCCGUUACCGCCGCCUGGUCAAGCCGAAGCCAAUGAUUGACCGCGGGACACCGCCGCUAUCGAGCUCCGUCAACACGUACAACUCGGCACUGCAAACUCCAGCCACGUCGACAUACGAGUUGCCCCCGGAAGACGAGUUCAUAGAGGAGCGCAUCGUCACGCUGGACGAAGUCCUCAUCGAAGCCGUCGAGAGGGUAAUUGCCUUCAGCGCCGACACGAGCAAGGGCAGCUCGGCGGCCUCGUCGAGGUCGGCGAGCAAGAUACGGGAGAGGAGCAACAGCGAGUCGACGCAGUCGGACGAGGCUCGCCCAGCACCCGCCGCCCUGUCGGCCUCGCAGGAGGUCCCGAGGGCACAAUGCAAGACGGUCAUACUCUCUGCGCUCGAGGAGAUCGUGCGGGAGGCCGCUGAGGUGCGGGACCGCGAACAGUUGGGCCAGUGCAACGGGAGCACAACCGGCCGGGAGAAAGAAAGUGCCUUGCGGGGAGCAGUCAGGGCGUGGUUGGAGAGCAUCGACCUUAGCGAUUGAUACCGCCGCCAACCCCCUGAACCCUUGAACCGGUGUUGUCGCUGUCGGCUCUGCGUCGAGAAUCCUCCCUAGGGGCGGUUCGACGUUUGGGUUUAUUUUCCAUUUUUUAUUCAUUUUCCUGUCCCCGCCGCUGUACAUGCUAGGACGGCUCCGACGUUAGAGCGAGCAUCUCGUGAUACCCCCAACUUUUCCCUUCAUCUUCUUGUUCUUUAUAUUGUACAACUUCCGCACAUAGCCAAGGGUUUGGCUUGUGUUGACGACGAUGG